UGAAGGAGUAAGCAAGACUGUGCCUGCAAACACACUCACUCUGAGUGCAGCUAACAGUAACAGAGGACAGACAUGGUUGCAGACAAACUGGUGGAGGAAACAAGGAGCGUGUGAGGAAGAAAACAAGCUAUCCUUGACCACAUUAUCUUUCAUCUAUAUACGGAAAUUACUGGGUAAUUUAUAAGCCUCUCCCUCUCACUCUGUGGGAGUGUGUGUGUGUGUGUGUGUGUGAGAGAGAGGAGAGGGGGUGGGAUCUGCUGAGCUCAACACCAUCAUGCCGUGUCCUGCUGCUGUCAGUGCAGCCGCUGCGGCUGUCUGGCUGCUGGCAGUGUUGGGCCCAGGCCUGUCUCUUCCAGCUGAGGACAACUCACAGGCAGACUUCACCCUCUGCAGCAACUGCUUCUACAGACAGAUGCCUCCUCAGGGAUCCUCUGCAGGGCCACUGCUGCGCCCACGCUGCCACAGGCUGCCGGGGGGGCAGGCAUUUGCCACUCUGUCCAGACCGACCUGUGACACAGCUGUCUACUCUGCCUUCCAUCUCGGCCAAGGAUGGGCAGAGAGGGAGGGAAAGGAGAGGAAAGAACCUGUGCAGGAAGAUGACAUUAAAGUAGCAGUACCAGCUCUUCUCAGAGGAGGUGCGGCUCCAUCUCAUUCUGUCUCGCCCACAGACUUCCCUUUUCACCACUGGGACUCAACAGUCACAACAUUGGUCCAAUCGAGCAUAUCUCCCCAGUGCAGCACUUUAGGGGGUGAUCUCUACAUCCUGACUGGAGUGGGAGGACUCAGGGCUGCUGAGGAUGGAGACAAGGGAUGUCAGAUGAAGCCGUUGUGGUCUGCGGCGUGCUGCGCUAUCCCACAGGGGAAGGGUGGCUUCAGCGUGGGGUUAAUCAGAGAGACAGAGGAAGGGGUGAGGCAAGUGAGUGUGAAGGAGCUGGAAGAUAUGCUAGGAUUGGCAGAGCUGUUCUCUGAAGGCUGCAGAGGAGGAGAUGGGGAAAGUGUUGCAGUCAGAGUUGGCCUUCACAGUCAGGCGCUUCCUGGAAAUACACACAACCUGGAAGCAGUUGAUGCUGUUGAAGAAACAAGUGAUACAGAUGUGGAGACAGACGCAGCUGCCCAGGAUGUAAAUGAAGACAUUCUGGAAAGCAGAGAGGUGUCGAUAACUAAAGAGCAGGUGACUGGAGUCGAUGGUGCUGAUGCCACACAAGAGACUUCAGCAGAUGCAGAAACUACCAGUGAUGAACAGCGUGAUGCAACACAUCCAGAAGCUGUUUGGUCAGACUCCUCUGACUCCUUGGCUGACUAUGAAACUCUUGAGGAGACGGACACAAACUCCACCAGCAUUCUGGUCUCCAUCCUCUCCAUCACCUUCUCCAUCUUCAAAGUUCCUCUGCGCCCUGUGUUCUCUACUGUCACACAAUUACCUGGGCAGGUGACCUAUGUUCUUCAGGAAGACCUCGGAGUUCUCUCUUCUCUGCCUGGAGAGACCUUCACCGUGCUCCAUCUACUGACCUCUGACCUCCUCUCCUGGAUAGGCUCAGCAGGAGAAAUACUGCUAGGUAUUGGGGAGACCUGCUUCUGUAGCGUUUACUACUGCACCUCCUCUAUGAUGGGGGAACUGCUGAGCAGCUGUCACACUGGGGUCACUGGCCUGGGAACCCUGGCUGGAGACACGGCGGGGAUAUUUGGUGAUGUGUUGGAUAAUGCUUGGUCAGUGACCAAGUUCUUUGGAGGACGGCUUUGGGAGCAGAGUGAGGGUUAUGUGGGAACAGUCAUGUCAGAGAUGGGUGGUCAAGCACAAGUUGUAGGAGGAGGUUUGGGGAGGCUGGUAUGGAGAAGUGGGAAGGGAGCGAUCAAUAUGUUCAAGCUGGGUGGAGGUGUAAUUUUUGGAAUGGUGGAUGUUGUCUUUGGAGGAGUAAGAGAGGCCUUUGAGCAGGAGUCGAAUGAAGGAUGAAAAAAAGACUCAAGAUGACUCCAUUAAUAAUCUUUUUUUCCCCCCAAUUUCAGUUUUGGUUUGUAAAUUUCUUCCUCAUACAAAAGUGUGAACAAACUAUCUGAAGAUGAUAUCAUUUGAUAUGCCUUAGUUGUUACAGAAGGUUUGCUGAAUUUAUUUUUGAAUUGAAAUAGUGAUGGAGUAAAUUUCACUGAGUUUCUUACACUGUAGUUCCUACACUUCACUGUGGAAAGCUGGCUGUCCAAAUAAACUGCUGUACUUAAAAGCUGAACCAGCUGUGAUUUGAAUAACACUGUGCACACUGUGCUUUUGGAUGUAAUUACUCAAGACAACUUGUGUGAUUGUUGUCACAUCUGCAAAGCUGAAUAAACCAGAAUGCUGGCUGAUCAUCA